CCGCUGGGUGCUGAAGUUGGGCGGAUGGCAGCGAGCCGGCUCCUCUAGAGGACCGAGCAGCCGAGCCUCGCGCGCCCUCGGACCGCGGUGCUCUGGCCCAAACCUCCAGGCGACCGGGCAGCUGAGUUCUGAAGCAGCUGAAAUGAGAAAAAGGCAGCAAUCACAAAAUGAAGGGACCCCCGCUGUGCCUCAAGCACCCGGAAACCAGAGGCCCAACAACACGUGCUGUUUCUGCUGGUGUUGCUGCUGCAGCUGCUCCUGCCUCACGGUGAGGAAUGAAGAAAGAGCAGACAGCGCAGGAAGGCCCAUUCAUACCACCAAGAUGGAGAGCAUCCAGGUCCUAGAGGAAUGCCAAAACCCCACUGCAGAUGAAGUCUUGUCCUGGUCUCAAAGUUUUGACAAGAUGAUGAAAGCCCCUGCGGGAAGAAACCUCUUCAGAGAGUUCCUCCGAACAGAGUACAGUGAAGAGAACCUGCUUUUCUGGCUAGCCUGUGAAGAUUUAAAGAAAGAACAGAACAAAAAAGUAAUUGAAGAAAAGGCCAGAAUGAUAUAUGAAGAUUACAUUUCUAUACUAUCGCCGAAAGAGAUUUGGAAGUUGGUGUGUCUUUUUGAAAUCUGGUUCGGAAGUUGCUCUGAGAAGGUUCCAUAGCAGAUGUCCACAGCACAUGCUGUAACCAUGCUAUGUAUAAUCCUAUCUAGCCCUGUAUGACAUCUUUGCACAUCAGUUUAGGAGGACAUUCCAGACCCUCAUUCCAGUGAAAACACGGAGGGAUGAAGUGUUGCUCUAACUGGUGGCGGGCCUCAGGCUGAGGACUCAUUUGAUUCCUGUGACAAAAGCUUCCAGAUGAGCUGGGAAAUGGAUUUGUCUUCAGCACUGAUGACAGUAACCAAAGGCAACAUGCUAUGUCGUAUGUACAAUCUGAAAUGUUUCCUUCAUCCUCAUACUAACUAAACUUUUCUUCUGAUUUACCCAUAUUGUCACAGCCUUCUAAUUUUUAAUGAGAAAUAAAUAUUUUAGAAUACUAAUUAAGCACCGUCUAGGGUUUAGUUACAUUGCCUUUGAAAGAAUUAGCUCUUAUUUCUGUUAUUAUUAAAACAAUACCACAUAAGGCUUAAUGGAAAUGCUGGGCAAUAGAUUUGCAUAUGGGAUAUAGUGCAAAAUAAUGCAGAACUUCAAGUGAUGAUUUGAUGAUUUGAUUGCAACUUACAGCUAUAUCCCCGGGGAUGGCAGAAAAGUCACUUAUCUUUUCCGAAUCCAUUUCCUUGUCUGCAAAUGAAGAAUAUUAUUAUUACAGGGUUGCCAUGGGAACAAUAAUGUUGUAUAUAAUAUUUUAUCAAAGUUCUUCAGUAAAGUAAUAAUCAGCACUUUUUAAGAAUGUCUGUAGUUGUGCCAUCUUAAAAUACUUUUUCCCUAUUUUUUUCUUUCAUUAAUUUUUAGGAUGGCACACAAAAUAAUGGGCUUCAUCAUGGCAUGUACAUUUUCAUGUAUCAUCAUUUCUUGUUAUCAUGUAUUCCCCACUGCCCUUCCCCAUGCCCUCUACCCUGUCCUUUUUCAAAACAUACUUUAAAAAUCUAAAUAUGGAUCCAAAUGAGAUAAUGAAGCUUAUUUUAAAGUGAAGUAUAUCAGCUGUUUUGUUCAGUGAUUCAAAAUCACUGAGAUCCUACCAAAUAUAAAAUCUAUAGCCUAUAAAUGUUCCUUACAUGCCACACCGUGCACACACACACACACACACACACACACACACACAAGACAUAAUGAAAUAAGUCAGUAUUCCCAGUGAUAGGAAUAAUAUAAACUCAAGCCAUUUACUACUCUACAUAACAGAUCAGUGAAUGACAGAGCUAAAACUAAGCUUAUAAAACACUAUUAAAAAAACGCUUUCAUAUGAUACUAAUAUGAUUUGUAUCAUGAAACUCUGAAGAGAAAAUUACUAAAAGUGGCUAUGUGUUCAUAAAAUUUUCAUCAAAUUUUUAAAGAUUACUUUGUGCUUUGCAGAAAAAUUACAAAGAUAGUACAUAAAGACCUCAUGUGGGAAACAAUUCAUCGCAAUUAAUGCCUACUGUUGAGACUUUAAGACUGAGCUUUAUUAGGACUUUCUUACUCUGAUGUCUUUUCCCUGCCCCUCCAUCCCAUUACCACAUGUCGUUACAUACCUUAGGCUCCUUUCAGCUGUGACUUUCUACCAACUUUGUUUUUUCAUGACCUUGAAGCUUUGAGGGGAAAUGUUUAGCCAUUUUGUAGAUUAUCUCUCUGGUGGGAUUUGUCUGGUUUUCUCAUGAUUAGACAGAAUUUACGGUUUCUGAAAGGAAUCACACCAUUCUUUAUAUCAUUUUGGUUUUUUUGAGACAGAGUCUCCCUGUAGCCCCAGAUGGCCUGGAACUCAUUACAUAGACACCAGGUUGGUCACGAUCUCAGAGAUCCUCCCGGCUCUGCCUCCUUCUGGGAUUAAAGGCCUGCGCCACCACAGUCAGCGGAAUAAUGCCAUUCUUAUUAAUAAUAACAAAGGCACACGCCACUAGGCCGGGCUUUGGGUUCCUCUUCUCUGUUGAUGUCAACCUUGAUCACCUACCUGAAGCAUUUUCUGUUAUGUUAAAUCUCUCUGCUGUAAUAAACAUUUAAAGAGGGUAUUUUAGAGGAAAACAUAUUCAACAUUGACACUGAGCAAGGAAAAAAAACUGAGUAGAUUUCUUAGCACUAAUACUAGGCUUAAUUAAAAGAUAACUAACAAAUACUAUAAAGAAAAUGCAUCUAAUUAGGAAGUGAAAUGGGUCAAAGUCCAAUGUUAGCUUGAAUAUUCACUUAAUAAAAAUGAAAGUGGU